AUGAGAUGUGUGACCCCGCUGACCGACAAGCCGCUGGCAGACUCACGCCUUUAUCAGUUCGCUGAGCUGCCCAACGGCAUCAAGGUCCUGAACAUACAGGAAGAAAAGGCUACUCAAGCCGCGAUUGCUGUGGCAGUUGGAGCCGGCUCAAUGUUCGAGCCGAAGGAGCUGCCAGGUUUGGCCCACUUUUGCGAGCACAUGCUCUUCCUUGGCACGAAGAAGUAUCCUGAUCCCACUGGCUUCGAUAAGUUUCUCGGCGAGUCUGGUGGUGGAUCCAAUGCGUACACAGAUCAGGAGGCCACAGUGUAUUAUGCAAAUUUUGCAAGCCGGGUGUUUGACGAGGCAGUCGAUCGAUUCUCCGACUUUUUCGCAGAGCCACUAUUUAGUCGGAAGUUUGUCGAGAAGGAGGUACAUGCAAUCAACAGCGAGCAUGAGAAGAAUCUGCAGAGCCCCGCUCGGCGUGUGCUCCAGGUCUUGAACUACCUCGCAAAUCCCGAAAGCCGCGUCAACAACUUUGCCACUGGCAACUAUCAAACUUUGAUCGUAGAGCCGAAGGCACGAGGACUUGAUGUGGUGAAUGCGCUGCAAGACUAUUUUCGGCGCACAUAUUGCCCGCAGCAUCUGCACGUCGUGACUAUCACACCGGAACCCGUGGAGGAACAGCUUGAGAAGGUUCAGCGCUCCUUCAGCGCUGUGAAGGGCAGCGAGCCCUGUUUGAACCAGUCUUUUGAAGAGCCUCCUGCGUGGCCGCCAGAGAGGCUGUCGAAGUUUGUAAUGGUGGAGCCUUCAGAGGCUCGCCCGGCUGUAUGGCUCCAGUUCGUCCUGCCGAAUUUGCAGAAGGAGUACGCAAGCAAACCGCUCAGUUACCUGAGCUAUGUCAUGAAGUAUGCCGGCGUGGCAUCUCUCCAGAACUAUCUUAAGAAGGAGGGCCUCAUCCAGGACCUCUCGUCGGCGGACUCUUCUACGAGCGCCGGCACGCGGUUUCUCGUGGCCAUGUAUCUGACCACCAAAGGUGCGAACAACCUUGGCCACGUGAUGGACAUCUUUUUUCACUAUGUUGCAAAGAUGAAGCAUUCCGGUGUCAAUUUGGAGUUGUACCGCUCCCUCGCAGACUUGUCGCAGUUGGAGUUUAACUGGACUCAGCCGGAUGCCCCGGGAGAUGCAGCCAAAGACUAUGCCGAACGAAUGCUGCGGCUUCCCCC